AUGGAGCCGUUCUUCAACCCUUUUGACAACCUGGUGUGUAUCCUGCUAGGGAUCUCCUUCACGGUGUGGUUCACCCUCCUUCUGGUCUUUCUCAUUGUGCCUGCCAUCUUCGGGGUGUCCUUUGGCAUCCGGCGUCUUUACAUGAAGAGCCUGGUGAAGGUCUUUGAGUGGGCCACGCUUAGGAUAGAGAGAGGAGCCAAAGAAAAGAAUCACCAACUGUACAAACCGUACUCAAAUGCAAUCAUUGCUAAGGAACCCACCUCCUUGGAGGAGGAGAUAAAGGAGAUCCGGCGAAGUGGCAGCAACAGAGACCUCGACUCGGCCUCUGAGUUUGAGAUGUCUGACAUCUUCUAUUUUGCUCGUCGAGGAGUAGAGAGCAUCAUGGACGAUGAGGUGACCAAGCGGUUUUCUGCUGAGGAAUUAGAGACCUGGAAUCUGCUGACGCGCAGCAACUACAACUUCCACUACAUUAGCCUAAGGCUGACCGUCCUAUGGGGGCUGGGCCUGCUGAUCCGCUACGGCUUCCUCCUGCCUCUUAGGGUGACACUUGCUGUCACUGGCGUGGGCUUACUUGUGUUCCUCACCUCUGUUAUUGGAUUGUUGCCCAAUGGAAGGAUGAAAAACUUCCUGAGUGAGAAAGUUCAUUUGAUGUGCUACAGAAUAUGUGUCAGAGCUCUGACAGCCAUCAUAACCUAUCAUGACAGUGAAAAUAAGCCCAAAAAUGGAGGCAUCUGUGUUGCCAACCACACCUCACCUAUUGAUGUCAUCAUCCUGGCCAGUGACGGCUGCUAUGCCAUGGUUGGCCAAAUCCACGGUGGCUUGAUGGGAGUCAUUCAACGAUCCAUGGUAAAGGCCUGCCCACACAUUUGGUUUGAACGCUCAGAAGUCAAAGACAGACAUCUAGUGGCCAAAAGACUAAGUGAUCACGUAGAAGAUAAAUCCAAACUGCCCAUUCUUAUUUUCCCAGAGGGUACAUGCAUUAAUAAUACAUCAGUAAUGAUGUUCAAGAAGGGCAGUUUUGAGAUUGGUGCCACAGUGUACCCUGUGGCUAUUAAGUACGAUCCACGAUUCGGAGACGCUUUCUGGAAUAGCAGUAAAUUCGGCAUGGUCAACUACCUGUUACGCAUGAUGAGCAGCUGGGCCAUCGUCUGUAGCGUGUGGUACCUUCCUCCCAUGUCUAGAGAGGAGGGAGAGGAUGCUGUUCAGUUUGCCAAUCGUGUAAAGGCAGCCAUUGCCAGACAAGGGGGACUGGUCGACCUCCUGUGGGAUGGAGGACUGAAGCGAGGAAAGGUAAAAGACACGUUUAAAGAGGAACAGCAGAAGCUCUACAGUAAAAUGCUUGUCGGCACCCAAGAGGACCGCAGUCGCUCCUGAAGGAUCUGUGUGGAGGUGGACAGACACUCUGACUAACUACACAUUUAGAGCAGGGUUCUCUCUCUUUGCUGGAGCACCUGGACUGGAAAAAUCCCUCUCUCGUGUCAGUUGUAGUCCAUUUGGCUUCCUCGGUCACUGCCUCAUGCCUGGAAUGUUCAGUUAUGUUACGAUGGGUUGGUCUGAGUCUGCUGCCCUUUGUUGGAAUAGCUUGACUAAAGCCUUGCUGCAUUAGAAACGAGAACAAGGUGCGUACCAAAAAGGAGCAUCGUCUUCCUUGACAGCAGACUUUGAGGGAAACUUGUUUUGUUAUCUAUAACAGAGUUCCUGUUUUUGUUUGCUAGUUUUAUCUUUUUUAUUUUACCAAAAUCUUCUUAUCCCACUGUAUAAACAAUGUAAUGUUACAGAUCUGCUUAUACCUGGGAGAUAGAUAGUGUAAAUUAAGACUAGUGUUUUCUUAAGCGACAACCUGUUACUCGGUUCAGGUUUGCCUGACGGGAUCAUGCCCGUGAUCCGGGGCACUGUGUCAGAUUUUGUUAAAUAUCAGAUAUUUUUAUGAGCUUUUUCAAAGUGAAAAAAAAAUAUUGUAUUUUAAGCUUUGUGUUUUACAUUAAGACCUUUUGCCACGUAUGUUAUCACCGUAGGAGUCAAUGUUACAGAUGAGCUUUUGAUGUUGAUUGUUUUCCCACUGAAUGUGUAAAUCCUCACAUAAUGAAGUGGAGAUGACGCUCACAGUUGCUCUGAUUGGGGUUUUCACAGAGCGAUACAGACCGUUCUAUUCCAGCUAACAAUGCAAAGCAGCUGGAGAACCAGUUUUAUAAUCCACUCACUCACGAAGAAUCAGCUUGGGAGGCUUUUAGUGUUGUCCUUUAAGCCCAUGACACAGUAGUGAUGCAGAAUAACAACAGUCACAUAGUCUCCCGACUAAACCAGUUAGAUGACAGCGCAUACAUAUUCAUACAGCACACUUCCCAACAGCCAUUGUGUUUUAUUGGCUACCUGCUCGUGCAGUGAGCAGUAUUUCCUAAUUAAUUCUAACUCUAAAAGGCUUUGUGUUAGUCCCCCCUCAGCUGUGAGCUUUCUCCCUCCUAGUCUCCUCAGUGAGGUGUCAAAGGGCCCCAUUCUCUGGGGUUGAGAUGCACAGUGUGCAGUGUUGUCAUCCCUCUGACCAGCUGUCAUCAGAGAGAGUCAUUUAUACAUUUCAAAUCUCUACGUUAUAAUAAAUGUUGAAUACCUGAGGGUUUCUGUGCUUUUCACACUGUUGUUGCUCUGUCCCGUCCGUUUUCUAUGGAACCAAGGGCCCAGUGACGCAGUUGCGGCUCAGAGUGGAGAUUUUCGUUACUGUAAAUGACAUUUUCAAGAUGCAACAACACGAGUUACAACUAUAAUGAUGCAAUGCUUGAUAUACUUGUUCUAAACUUCUAUUUUGGACCCUCUCCUGGGAGUUUGGUGUAUUUACUUUCAAAUGUUUUCCAAAAUAAAAUAUCUUUAGCAUUGUAGAAUCCCA